UCUCUCACUCACUCUCACUCAGUCACUCACUCACACACACACACACACACACACUCUCUCUCUCACUCACUCUCACUCAGUCACUCACUCACACACACACACACACACACACACUCUCUCUCUCACUCACUCUCACUCAGUCACUCACUCACACACACACACACACACACACUCUCUCUCUCACUCACUCACACUCACUCAGUCACUCACUCACACACACACACACACACACUCUCUCACUCACUCUCACUCACUCACUCACUCACACACACACACACACACACACACACACACACACUUGAUGUCAUUGCAAAGGCAGCAGCAGGAAUGAAUCGCCCUUGGCGAUGCGCGCGGACAAACACACCUGAGGCGCGUGCACGCUCUCCAGACGCAGAACUGCACGGGGGCGAACGGGACAUUUCCACGCGAGUUUGAAACGAGUUUCCGCGCGGAGAAGCACAAAGAGCACCGAAGAGAGUCCGCUGAGAGUGUGAUGAAGGUCUGAUUGGCGAUGAAGAUGAGGUGUGUGAUGGAUCUGAUGCGGUUCUUCAUGUGUGUGUGCGCAGCUGCAGCCUCAGACACUCUCAGGUCAUCCGGGUCGCUGCUUUUAUCCAAUGGAUUGUGUCAGUACAGCUGGACCAGAAAAUCACAGGAACAAUGCAGACCCAUUUGUGAGUUGGGCUGUAAACAUGGUGAGUGUAUUGGACCAGAUCUGUGUCGAUGUCAUCCAGGAUACACGGGCAAGACCUGCAACCAAGAUGUGAAUGAGUGUGCUUUCAGGCCAUGUAAGUACAGGUGUAUGAACACACUGGGCAGUUAUAAAUGUUACUGUCUCAACGGAUACAUGAUGAUGGCUGACGGCACGUGCAGGAAUGCUCGUACGUGUGCGAUGGCGAACUGUCAGUACGGUUGUGCAGUGAUGAAGGGAGAGGUCAGAUGUCAGUGUCCGUCUCCAGGACUGCGUCUUGCACCUGAUGGACGGACAUGUGUCGAUGUUGAUGAGUGUGUCAGCGGUCGAGCCCAGUGUCCGAGGUUUCGUAAGUGUGUGAACACGUUUAGCAGCUAUAUCUGCAGGUGCCACAAUGGAUUUGAGCUGCGGCACAUUAACGGAAAAUAUCACUGCACAGAUAAAAAGGACGUCUCUAUUUGCUACGAUAAGCCAGCUCACAAGAAAUGCAAGUGUAAAGCAAGUGCUAACGGGAAGGGUUACGACUGCAAAUCUGUUGUUAAAGUCACCAUUGAGCCUGCAAGACCAGUCGAAGUCACCAUCAGUCCAACCACCGUCUCCACGACAGCAAGUCCCAUGACAACCACCCCUCAAACCACAGAAAAAACUACAACAACAACCAUCUCAACAAGUACAACCAUUCCCACCACUUCUGUUGCCAUAACAACUUCUGUUCCAAUAAGCACUGCUGUUAUGACAACACUAACACCAAUUACUGUUGCCAUGACAACAACCACAACAACAACCCCUACAACAAUCCCAACAACUACUGCUGCCAUGACAACAACAACAAUCCCUACAACAAUCACACCAACUUCUGUUGCCAUGACAACAACAAUCCCUACAGCAAUCACAACAACUACUGCUGCCAUGACAACAACAAUCCCUACAGCAAUCACAACAACUUCUGUUGCCAUGACAACAACAAUCCCUACAGCAAUCACAACAACUUCUGCUGCCAUGACAACAACCACAACAACAAUCCCUACAACAAUCACGACAACUGUCGAUACAACGACAAGUCCAACUACAAGAUCCACAUUAGCAGUUCCAACAACAACUACAGCUACAACCGCCAUUAUAACAACAACCACGGCAACAACAGCAGCAACCACGACCCCGGAGAUGACCUCCGCAACACCAGAAAGUACGACUACUCUGGACAACCGCGUCCACCGAGAGAACACGGCGAAACCACGAGGAGAUGUUCACAUUCCGCGUUAUGAGAACGACCUGUUUGACUGGGACUUUGAUGUUGAGCUGGGAAACACAGCGGAUUACAGGCGAGAUGAUCCAGAGGCUGGUGUUGUGAGCUGCUCAUUUGAUGAGGGUUUGUGUGUUUGGAUAACAGACUCAGAAGGAGAUCUGCCGUGGAAACUCAAAGACGACCCCGCCGGUGGGCAGUACCUGACAGUGCCAGAGGCCACAAACAGAAGUAUCAGAGGGGCGCGACUUACGGUACAUUUGGCCCCGCCCAAAAAGCCAUGGCAGGGCGGUGACCUCUGUCUUGCAUUUAGACACCGUCUCCACGGUCACCACAUUGGCUCACUGCAGCUGUUUGUCAGGAAGGGGCGGAGUCACAGUUCAUCUGUCUGGAACAGGACUGGAGGACAAGGCUGGAGACACACCCACAUCACAAUCGGCGGGCGGAGUCUUGGUGAUAUUGUGGUAAAGGGAGAGAGACGGAGAGGGAAACAUGGAGAAAUCGCUGUGGAUGAUUUUAGUCUGCGCAGAGGAACCUGCAGUGACACAAACGACAGGACAGAGUGACACACACUCAUGCCGCACACAGGAAACUGUGUUUAACAUGUAACGCAGCUCUUCUGCAGGAGUGAAGAUGAAACAUCAGCAUUCAUAUUGAAGGACAUUCAGAUGAACUGAACAGAAUAUGAACAUAAAGAAGGGAACUGUACAAGCUUGUAUUGUGAACACAAGUGAACUAUAUGAACACAUGUAUUUCAGACAUUAUCAUUAUCAUGUUACAUAAUGCAUUAACAAAUGUUAACGAAUAAAACUUCAUCGUAAUUGUUCUCAAGGGUUAAUCUUAUCAGAAAUAUUUAUUUGAAUCAACAUAAAUUAAGAGCAGAACUAGAAAUAGGAUCAUAAUAUAUAAAUACAUUUAAAUUGAAUUGAUAUUUUAUUUCUAAUUACCAUUUAUAAGAGACGUUUAUUUGGUAUUUUAGGUGAAGUCGGAUCUGAUCAUGUUCUUGACAUGUUCACAUGCAGAAAUGGACAUACAUGUGUUUGUUUUAUUGAUCUGUGUGUUUGUGUAUUGUUGACGGAUUACAUGUAUCAUUACAAAACUCACAGUAGAUCAUAAUUAUCAAUAUAAAAUAAUCCAUCAAAUUCAUAGAGCGGUAUAAUAAAGUUCACAUGAACAUAUAUUUUGUUGUUGGUUUUCUACAAUUGCGUGAGCUCCAAACGAGCUGUAAACAAGUUGUUUACUGUGUAUUUCCAUAUCAGAGUUGUUGAGUGUUUUUGUGUUUUACGUGACAGAAUUCCUGAUUUCUUACGACCUCUUUGACCUUUUAUAAUGUAUUUAGUUGUUGAAGAUGAAACUUUAAGCUAGAUGACGUUCAACACCUCAUGGGUUCCCUCAGAUCUUCCGUCACUGUUCAUCUGGUCAUUAAAUGUUCUUGUAACACAUAUGUUGUAAAAAUCUGGGUGCGUAUUUAUAGCUAUAAACCAAAUAAAAAACUCUUUUGA